ACACGUCGCACCUGAACAUGUCCUUCUUGUGGCUCCAAUUGCGAAGUCUCUUGAGCCAACUAUUAUAAAUGAGAAACCAAGUUACGUGACAUCCUACAGCCAUUAAACUCUCAAAUGAGCUUGGUAACUUAUAGCCUACUCAAAUGGAUGCGAAUCUCACUAAGCUUGGUGGUUCUCUUCCCGUCCCAUGUGUUCAGGAGAUGGCAAAAGAGCCCAUAACUGAAGUCCCGCCUCGCUAUGUCCGUACUGACCAAGAUCACCCGUUCAUGCAUGAUGAUCAUGGAACUUCGUUGCUUCAAUUGCCAGUAAUUGACCUGGACAAGCUCGCAUCAAGCAAUGACGAUUUGAUGGAGUUUGAGCUUGAAAAGUUGCACUUUGCUUGCAGAGAUUGGGGAUUUUUCCAGUUGAUUAACCAUGGAGUGAGUUGUUCAUUGGUGGAAGAGCUGAAGUUGGGAAUACAAGAGUUCUUCAAGCUUCCAAUGGAGGAGAAGAGGAAGUUUUGGCAAGAAGAAGGAGACUUGGAGGGUUUUGGGCAGUCGUUUGUUGUGUCGGAGGAGCAGAAGCUUGAUUGGAGCGACAUCUUUUUCAUGGUUUCCCUCCCAAGACAUUUGAGAAAACCUCGCCUUUUUCCCAUGCUUCCUUCUCCUUUCAGGGAUGUCUUGGAUAAAUACUCCUCAGAGCUACGAGAUCUUGCAAUGAAGAUACUCCUUCUCAUGGCGAAACCUCUGAAGAUGGACACCAAGGACAUGAUAGAACUGUUUGAUGGAGGCAGGCAAGCCCUGAGGAUGAACUAUUACCCUCCAUGUCCGCGACCCGAGCUCGUCAUUGGCCUCACUCCUCACUCCGACGCCUCAGCCCUCACCAUUCUUCUCCAUGUCAAUGACAUGGAAGGUCUGCAAAUAAAGAAAGAGGGCAAGUGGGUCCCCGUCAAGCCCCUUCCUGAUGCUUUCGUUGUCAAUGUCGGAGAUAUUUUACAGAUUGUGACGAAUGGCACUUAUUGUAGCAUUGAGCACCGAGCAACAGUUAACUCGAUGAAGGAAAGGCUCUCAUUUGCCACAUUCUACGGCCCGAAAUUGGACGGCAAAAUGGGUCCUGCACCGAGCCUGAUCACACCGGACAAGCCAGCAUUAUUUAGAAAUAUAGGCGUUGCCGAUUUCUUCAAGGGACGCUUCUCUCGUGAGCUUCGAGGGAAGUCAUAUCUUGACGUUAUGAGGAAUAUUCAAGGUGAGAAAAGGGAGUUGAAUUUGGCCAUUGAGAAAGCAAACUAGCCUUUUUUAUUUACCGUAGACUAUACUAGCUGAAAUCAUAUCUUUAUGUUGGCACUCUCCAUGUACCUCAAACAAGUUGAUUAUCCGUAUUCCUUUCGCUCCCUCCUUGCUUUUGUUGAUCAA